AUGGUAGAUGGCGAUUCAGAUGCUGUCGAUGAGGCCACGUUGGUGGAAAAAGAUGACACGACGAUGACAAGCAUUGUCGGCUAUUCGCGUGACCCACUUCACAAAACCGUACUUGAAGUGCUAAAUAUUCUAUCGUUGGAGACAAUUAAAGCGUUUCCCGAGAAGCCGCUCGACGAUGCUAAGAGAAAACAUAUUAUUCAUUUUGCGCGAUUAUUGGAUCGAAAAACUGAACAACUCGGCGGUGAGGAAAAUACCAUCGAAUUUGAGCACAAUUGGAGUCUUCUCACGUGGGCGUUGCUCAACGUGAUCGCUCGCGUCAAUCAUGAGGCAAAUCCGGAAAUCUCGGCGACGUUGAACCAUUUGCUCGUCGCGUUGGUGAAUCGCGCCAAACCGAUACGCGCGCCAAAAUUGCGAGCGGCCGGCGAGACGCUCUGGUUGAGCUUCAAUCAACUCUACAACCAGUGCCUGCACAUUUUGCACAAUUUGUACUCGCAAUUGGAUCAUUCGAGUGCCGACGUCGCGUCGAAAUUGGACGAGUUUUGCGAUUCGCAUUUGGAGCCGUGUUUGGAGUCGUUUAAGCAAAUGUGCACCAAUAGUGCCGAUGUUUUGCACACUGAAUUAAGAAAAAAACAAGUGGAGUGCAUUCGGGAUCGCGAGCACCUCGCGGAUGAUGACGUCACUGACAUCGUGCACUAUUACACGAGUUGCCUGUACAUUCUGGGCCUAUUGGCCGCCAGACUGCAGGGAUUCCAAUAUGAAUGUUGCUCGUCGAUCGGCUACUUCUUCUCGCGAAUCGACAGUAUGCAGAGAAUGAUGACGAUGGUGGUUGCCACGUAUGAGCAGGUCAUGUGCGACGCGCUCAUGUGCAUGGAGCCCCUCACGUCGCCGGUUUUGGUAACCAACAAUUUGUUCACGUUCACGUGUACACCUUUAGCCAGAUCCCUAAUUUUCAAGAAUUUUGAAGUUCAAAUUGUCAGCGAAGACACGGCACAAACUAUUCAGGAGGAGAUCACCAGCGUUCGGUGCGGCCUCAAAAGCCCACUUCAUCCGCCUGUCUUUCCGUCGGCUGCUUUGCUGGCAAUGAAGCCAACGUCGGGUGUCAAACGGCAUAAUGCGACAGCAAGCGCCUCAGGAGGAAACACCGCCCACAAGAAAUCGGAUGUGAACAGCGCCGAAUCGGUGAGCCUCGUGCCGACGUUCAGCGAUAUCACCAACUCGUGGACCGCCCAGUACCCGUAUUUGUUGUGUACGACGCGCCAGAAGGACGCCGAGCUGCUCGACACGCGCUCGAGUCAAAUCGGUAAACGGCCGCUGUUUUACUUCUACAUUCGCGCCAGGACUUUUUCACCGAGCGGCGGUCUCACCAAUGUUCGGACGCUUUCAUUGCCAUUCACAAUCUCGACGCGUCGCAAUCAGGAUUGUCAAGUUCAGAGGAUGUUCAGCUCCUAUACGGCCACAUGUUUCUGGUUGUACGGUAGUUGUACGGUAGACGGGCUUUUCCUAAAUUGGAAUGAUGACGCCAUCGGAUGGAACACUUUCAGGAAACUUUGCUCACAAUACUUUACUGUCAACGCGGAAGUAUCGCGGCGAAUGGAAGAAUCGGAUUUCGACGUGCUCGAGGAGAAGAUGCAAUGCGAAGACUGCGACGAUCAUCGCCGCCAUCCGCCGAUGCUUCCCAACGGCGAGCGGCGAAUAUCGUUCAAGAACAUGCUGUGUCCGCAUUUGCGCUUCGAAACCGACACCACGAUGAUGCGUUUCUCGGUGUGGCGCGGCAUUCUCGAAAUGGUGCAGAUCUUCCAGGAGACGAAGACAAAUGUCAAAAUGGCCUGGGACGACUACCUGCUUCAUGGUUUCGUCGACACCAGCCGGAUCGCUGACCUACUCGGUCCCUAUCGCAAUUGUCUGAUGGUCCGACUCACCUAUAUAAUAGGCGGCAGCCUAUGCGUCUCCUAUCGUAAUGAUGGCGACGUUGUUCAUCUGGAGCCGAUUGAUUUGCGCAAACUGCAGACGAAAUGCAUUCUAGACUAUCUUGCCGACAUCGCCGAAUCGGCCAUGAUCGAUUACAUUCUGAUGGCCGAUAUGAGUGUGAUCGCGGUUUCCGAGAUGAUUGUCAAAUACAAAAUUGGGCAGGAUGUCACAAGGGUCCGCGGAGUCACCUGCAACAUUUCCUAUAGUGGUCCAGUUACGCAAGUCAACCAUAUAAAGUUCACGCCAUUGCGCGUCGCGGUCGUCACUUGCAAGGAUGGUCCCGUCGCGAUGCCAACAACGCCGACGAGGCGGCAGAGAAGCGGAAGAGAGUACUUCCAUUUGACGAUUAAUCCGUUUAAUACCGAUCCGAACGCCGAGACAAUCAUCAAACGGUGUCCGCCGCGCUAUCGUCGCGCGCCUGCGCGAAAAUCGAAAUUCAAAGGCAACCUGCUGCUGAAUCGACGAACGACGAGGCGUUCGACGAACUCUACGCGAACGACGACGAGUUCGGCGGCUCAGCGAGCUGCAGCAGCUCCUUCAGCUCCGCAAGUCUCAUUUGAAGUGCAAUUGGCGUCGCUGAUGAGAAUGUACGGAAAAACGCCGACCGAGGUGAGGAAAUGCUUGCGAUUCUCUGGAUUCUAUGGUUCUUGGGCGGCUUACAAGCAAUAA